UUUUACCAGUGAAGGACAAUAAUUCUUGCUUCAAUGUAUUUCACAGAGGAAUAUAGUGAUGAGGUGGCUCGUGCCGUGGAUUAUAUUGGUUGCCAGUAUUCAUCAGGCCCUUUCCCAGAAUUCCACUGCUAUGCCCCCUGUUACCACUGCAUUGGAUCCCUAUAACCGGAUGCAGUAUUGCAAAUGGCCCUGCAAAUGCCCCAAGAGCGCCCCCGUGUGUCCACCGGGGGUGAGUCUAUUAACAGAUGGCUGUGACUGCUGCAAGGCCUGUGCCAAACAGUUUGGUGAAACAUGCAACGAGAGAGACGUCUGUGACUACCACAAAGGACUUUACUGCGAUUACAGCUCAGACAAGCCUAGGUACGAAAAAGGAGUGUGUGCAUACUUACUGGGAACGGGUUGUGAGUAUGAUGGCGUUAUCUACCGUAAUGGGGAAAGCUUCCAGCCCAACUGUAAGUAUCGCUGUCUCUGUGUGAACGGAGCUAUUGGAUGUGUGUCGCUAUGCACCGAAUCCCUGCCACCAAGGGUGUGGUGUCAGUCUCCCAGACGGGUCAAGAUCCCAGGCCGCUGUUGUGAGCAGUGGAUCUGUGAUGAGUCCAGGAGAUCCCGCAGAACCAACCCCAGACACACGCUGGAGGAGGGAGGCGUCAUGACUAGUGAGGUGUGGCACAAGAACUGCAUUACCCAGACCACCUCAUGGAGUCCCUGUUCUAAAACAUGCGGGAGAGGAGUGUCCAUGCGGAUCUCCAAUGCCAACGACCGGUGUGAGAUGGAGAAGGAGACACGUCUAUGCGACCUCCGACCCUGUGAUGUGGACAUUACCCAACACUUCAGGCCAGGAAAGAAGUGUCUAAACAUCUACCGGGAACCUCAGGCGAAGAACUUCACUAUUUCAGGCUGUGUUAGCAAACGUGCCUAUUGGCCCAAGUACUGUGGUGUCUGCACGGAUGACCGCUGCUGUAUCCCGUACAAGUCCAAGACUAUUGAGGUGGAGUUCGUGUGCCCCAAUGGAUCGGUAUUCACGUGGAAGUUUAUGUGGAUCAAUGCCUGUUUCUGCAACCUGACCUGUAGAAAACCCAACGACAUCUUUGCAGAUCUAGAACGUUACUAUGACCACAAUGAAAUAAUUAACUGAGUCAGAGGGAGUAUGACAUGUAAUAUAUUGUGGCAUUGUUUAUUCCACAUACUUAAUUAUGUGUGAUUGCUUGCUCCUUUGCUCCUAUCUAAAACCCAAGCCCAACGACAGGUCAUUGGAAAUUUCCCAUUUUGUAUUGGACCAGAGGACAUGGCAAUCAGGUUUUUUUUUCCUCCUUUUGGAAUUGGCAUAAUGCAAGAAAGGUAAAUGAGUCACUUUUUUGGAAAGGUUCUCUUGUUUAAGGGGACUUUGAUUUACUAAAAAUUUCUCAGUGUGCGUUUGUGAAAUUAUGCAGUUUCAGUUUAAACCAAAGAGGAUAUAAUAGCUGGAAAUAGCGCUUGCACUUUUUUGUAUGAACUCAUACAAAUAUUGUCAGACUAUGCUUUGUCCAGGCGAUCAUGAUAACAUUCUAAAAUGUUUUUUGCGGUUUGUGUGACUGUUUGCAGCCUCUGCAAUUUAACUUUGAAUUUUCCAUGUCUGAUUUAUAUCAAUUACUUCAUUACUUUAUCUGUUAUUGUAUAGGAAUUAAGGGACCAUUUUGUGA